AUGAUGUGGGGGGCUAUUAGUAUGUAUGGAGUGCCACCGCUAAUAUUUAUGGAUGGCCGUCAGGAUUUUACUAAGUACUGCGAGGUGCUGAGGGAUGGACUACUACCGCUUGCUGCUGAAGUGUUUGGGGAGGGGCAGAAUUGGAGCUUUCAACAAGAUAAUGCUCCAAUUCAUACCUCUCAUUUGACCAAACAGUGCCUCGCCGAACGCUCUAUUACUACGCUUCCGUGGCCGGCUAAGUCUCCCGACAUCAACAUUAUAGAAAACGUCUGGGGUGUCAUGGCUAGGACCGUCUACGCGCGCGGUAAGCAAUUCGAUAACAUUGAGGACUUGAAGGUAGCCAUCGAAGAGGCUUGGGCUACAGUAGGGUCCGACCCUUUACUCAGGCUUCACAAGAGUCUCCCACGUCGCAUGAAUGCAGUGAUGGAUGCUCGCGGCGAUGCUACGAAGUAUUAA